UAUUGUCUCAUUUUCCAGUACAGAUUUUACUCUUCGCCGGAAAAUUAAUCUCGCCGGCGGCAAUAACCUUCAACUUCGCUACUCGGUCGAUCAUUUCAAGGCUUUGCAGAUGGAAACAACUUGUGGUUCUCUACUCUCUGAGCUGCAGAAAAUAUGGGACGAAGUUGGAGAACCUGAGACGGAAAGGGACAAAAUGAUUUUUGAACUCGAACAAGAGUGUCUGCAGGCGUAUAGGAGAAAAGUGGACCAAGCAAGCCAAUGCCAAGCUCAGCUGCGACAAGCAGUAGCUGACUCUGACUCUGAGCUUGCAUUCAUCUAUGCAGCACUAGGAGAACGCCCAAUGCAUGUCAGGCAGACUUCUGGAAGUCUAAAGGUGGAACUUCAGGCUGUCACUUCUGAACUGGAACAGAUGCGGAAGAGAAAAAUGGAAAGAAAGAAUCACUUUAUAGAAGUUGUGGAGCAAAUAGAUAAUAUCUCAAAGGAGCUGUCAGUAUCUUCUGAAGAAACUCUGUCCAUGACCAUCGUUGAUGAUAGUGAUCUGUCAUUGAAAAGACUAGAAGAUCUGAAAACUCAGUUGCUUGCUCUAGAAAAAGAGAAGAGUAACCGUCUGAAGCAGGUGCUUGACCAUUUGAAUACACUCAAUUCACUGUGCUUGGUUCUUGGUUUGGAUUUUAAACUCACUGUCAGCGAAAUUCAUCCCACACUGGAUGAUUCUUCUAGUGUAAGAAGCAUUAGCGUGCAAACAAUUGAGAGAUUGUCUAUCGCAAUCAGGAGACUGAAAGACCUCAAGAUACAAAGGGUGCAAAAGCUUCAAGAUCUUGCCGCAACCAUGGUGGAGCUCUGGUGUUUGAUGGAUACACCAGUUGAGGAACAACAAAGGUUCCAGAAUGUCACAUGCAACAUAGCUGCUUCAGUAAAUGAAAUAACUCAGUCUAACACUCUCUCCCUGGAUUUCCUAGAAUAUGCUGAAGCAGAAGUGUUAAGGCUGCAACAGAUGAAAUCAAGCAAAAUUAAGGAGGUUCUCUUCAAAAAGAGGUUGCAGCUAGAGGAAAUAUGCAGGGGUGCUCACAUGGUCGUGGAAGAUCAUAACUCAAUAGAUUUUUCCAUUGAGACGAUAGAAUCUGGGGCAAUUGAUCCUUCUUAUCUACUAGAGCAAAUUGAGGUUCAGAUUUCUAAGAUUAAAGAGGAAGCCUUUAGUCGGAAAGAAAUACUUGAAAAGGUUGAGAAGUGGCUUGUUGCUUGUGAAGAGGAGCGCUGGCUGGAAGAGUAUAACAGGGAUGAUAAUCGUUAUAAUGCUGGAAGAGGUGCACAUCUUAUUCUGAAGCGUGCUGAGAAAGCUCGAGGUCUGGUUAACAAAAUUCCUGCAAUGAUUGAAGCAUUGACGUCAAAGGCUAAAGCAUGGGAGAAACAGAGAGGAGUUGAAUUUUUGUAUGACGGGGUUAGCCUUCUUUCUAUGCUUGAUCAAUAUCGCAUCUUAAAGGAGGAGAAGGAACAAGAGCGUCAAAGACAGAGGGACCAGAAGAAGCUCCAAGGACAGUUGAUGGUAGAGAAGGAAGCACUUUUUGGAUCAAAACCAAGUCCAACAAAAAGUAGUAGGAAGAUUUUUGGGACUUCAGCUGGUGGUGGUUCAAGUAAUAAGAGAUUUUCUGUUGGGGGAAUGAUGCUUCAAAAUUCUUAUCCAGAAAAAGCAGUCCACACUUCUCAGUUUUCUAACAAGAGUAACACUUCAAAGCUGCAUGUUUUGCAAAACUUUCAGCCUCAUGGAGGUACAAUCUUAUCUUCAGGUAAGAGACACAUUUCUGGGGUCCAAUCAAAGAAGCCUUCCUCUUAUGGAUCAGAUCAACGUCAAACUGAACUUAGAUCGAUAAGAAAGCCCCUUUCCCCUCUAUAUUCUUCAUUUUCAUCCAAUGCCAACUAUGCUAAUCUUCAAGACGAGAAGAAUAGAAACCAAGAAUUAGUGGAUACACUUCCCAGCAACAAAGCUGACAUGGUAACGCCAAAUAAGAGGAUUCCUGCUUUUGAAGGGAAUGAGACCCCAAAAUGUAUGCCGAUUCCAAUGCCAUUGACUCCUUCAACAGUAUCCAGUACCAUGCACAUGGCCAUGACCCCUGCUACACCUUGUGUUCCUCCUGGUAAUGGAGGCAUAGAAUAUUCUUUUGAAGAGAGAAGAGCUGGCUUUAUCCUUCCAAAGUCUCAAUGUGACAUUCAAGGUCAAUAUUAGUCAUAUGAACCACUGGAAUUGAAUAUUUGGAACCUUUUGUUCUAGCCUUCUGAUGGUAUCUUCUGAGUGUCCGUGCUGUUCAGUGGUAAAGGCAAUCGUUUUUUGCUGGAUUCCAUGAAGUUAAACUUCAGUUUCUCACCGGCCAUUAAUUUUAGGCUUGGAUUAAGGGUUAAUCUUUAGCUCUUCUCAAUUAGAUAGUCACCUGUAUAAAAUCUGCAUUCAUCCCCUUGCUUGCUUCCUGAUGUAGAUAGUCUACUUGACAUGUGUGAUUCAGCAUGACAAGAUGUGGAACUUUAGCAGUUUGAAAGAGAAACAACAUCCCUCUGUUAGAAUGGCAAUAUUUUACAUUCAUGUUUUUCGUAACUUUU